AUGGCCCUUGCACGACAGCGACUCCUCACACUUGCCUACGAAGACAUGGAGACAGUCAGAGUGGAACUCGAAGCUGUAGCCAGAGAUUGGACAAAACCUCCCCCAGACGCCAUGUUCGGCCUCCGUGUCCCUGUCGAAUACGCAUCCCUACAUGCCUCUUUGACUGGUGAGGACUCAUACCAAAUUGCGGUCAUGGGCGUGCAGGGGCUGCGGGUGGAGAUUGUGAGCGAUGCCCCUCCGCCACCCGAUGAACCACCUCCGCCGCCGGUCACGGAGAUGCCUGCCACGUUUAACCUGGAGCUCGUGCCCGGUCAACACGUGGUACUAGAAACAACAGUUGCUUCUGCUGAUGACGUCGACAUGGCCCGCAUGGAAGACGGCACCGUCGUCGAUGGCCAGUACUGGGGCAAGCUGAACAUAGUGCAUGACGGCGACACCCACACUGUCGACUUCACAGGCACCCGUAUAGUCAACCCUGAUGUCCCACCCGACCUUCUCUUCGAUUCACGGGUCAUGAGUAAGCUCACGACCGCCGCCAAGCCUUCUUCUGUCAAAUGCCACCUGAGCAUCCUUUCACCUACUCUGGAGUAUUGCGAUGUCAUUCUCUCGAUCAACCCGUUAUGGAGGCUUGAACUUACGUGGCCCCCUGCGCAACCAGUUAACGAAACCAAAGUCAAGUAUUUUCUCCGCGUUCACCCUGGCGGUGCGCUCGAGCAUUUUGAGAGUGAAAUGGUUACGACGUCGUUAUAUUACGAAGCAGUCGUCCUAGAUCAGCUGGGCAUGUCUAAACAUGGGCGAACUAACUUCAUCAACAACAACAUCUCUGCAUUUGCAGCUCACAAAAACAUUGCCUACCGUUUCCUCUCGCCCUCGAAGAUAGCUGCAGCAAUUGACAUUUCAGUUACUUCUGAUCCCUGCGUCUUCACGCGCCUGUUUCUUAUCUUCCGCGGGUUAACGGACGAUGAUGUGGGACUGUUUGCAGGCGCAGGCGAGAAGGAGGCGAAUUCGGUCAACUGGAGGGAGAUUGUGGGGUGGAGCGAGAAUUCGAAGGACACGACUCAGUUCAGGCUUCUCGAAACUUCCGUGUUUGAAGUUACCUAGGAGGGAAGAUACAUUUGAGCCGAGGUGGUAGCUGGUCUUCCUGCCUCCAGACGUGUCCCUUCUUUCACCGCUAUGCCUUGUUGCUCGUCACCGGCUGGCAUUCUUCUUUUUCUGUUUUGCGACGCCCCACCUUAUUGAUUCGUCUUUGCAUUUUGAUAUCUUAGAACAUUGUCGGGCUAUAUCAUCGCUGUCCUGCACAUGCUUUCUUGUCACGUCCGCAGCUAUUAUAUCUAUUCGAUAUCUGCUCCCCUUUAUAUUUCUCUGGUGUUACGUCAUUUUGAUAAGUACUGGCUUGCCUACGUGUUUCUUUUAGCGAUUUUUCUUCAUGGUCAUGUCGUUGUAUCCGCUGUUUCUGUACCGUAGUCGAUAUCGAAAAUGUAACAGUGAAGGAAGAUGUUCGAAUGUUUUA